AUGUGGUUGCCAUCACUAUCAGCGGCGCUCCUCGGUGCGUUCGCAUGGACUGCCAACGCUGCCGAGUUUGAUGAUGAGAACAUCAGAAGUAUCUCGUUGCGGCGCACGCGAGCAGAAUAUCGCAGAUCGAUGCAGGCACUAACUCGUGUCCUCCAACAGCCUUACCUUGACUCUGACAUGCAAAGCCGCUGGUACGACUUUGGCGGAGAUACUAUUGUUCGAACCGACUCGUACAUCCGACUUACUUCGGAUCGCCCGUCGCAAUCAGGAUGGAUGUACUCACGGGUGCCCCUCACCGCGACGAACUGGCAGGUUGAGGUCGAGUUCAAGAUCUCGGGCAAGAACCAGCUCUACGGCGACGGUUUUGCCAUGUGGAUCACCCGCCAGCGCGCUCAGCAGGGAGCUGUCUUUGGCGGACCCGACAACUUCGAAGGCCUCGGUAUCUUCAUCGAUACCUACAAGAACAACCGACCUGGUGUUGUCUUCCCCUAUGUCAUGGCCAUGUACGGCGAUGGCAAGACCUCGUACGACAAGUCCAAUGACGGAAAGCACACCGAGCUCGCUGGCUGCUCGGCACGUGGCAUCCGACACUCGAGCGUUCCUACCAAGAUGCGCCUCACUUACUUCCAGGACAAGCAACUCAAGCUAGAGCUCCAGUACAAGGUUGAGGACGAAUGGCAGACAUGCUUCGAUCUUGAGGAGCCCCCGGCUGUUCCUAACAUCGCCUACGUCGGCUUCACUGCUGAGACUGGUGAGCUCAGCGACAACCACGAUAUCAUCUCCGUCUCAGCCAAGAACCUGUACACUCAGCCUGGCUCCGGUGGAAACACCGGCGGCAAGUCAUCCGGUGGUAAGAGUAAGUCGCGCAAGGGCACUGGCAAGGUUACCGGCAACAACAACAAGCAGGGCGGCAGCUGGACAUGGUUCUUCACUAAGAUCAUCCUGUUCAUCAUCGUCGCUGGUGGUGCUUACGUUGGCUACACGGCCUACCGAGCCAAGGCCAAGUCGCACAGGUUCUAA